UGUCAAAUACGGAUAACCCCAAAAUUUUUCAGACACAAAUAGUAUAAACAAAAGAAAUUCAAUUGGAAUGUAUUUAAUAAUAAGAAAACAUAUAAAUUCAAUAGGAUGGCACCGAAUUUUAGCAGCAUUCUUAGCAAUUUGGCUUAUGAUUUUCAUAAUUACAGCUUUUCCUAUAUUAGGAACUCACAUGCAAUCUUCGGAUACAAAGACUUCUGAAAGAUUAGCUAGAGCUUUAGGUGAUUUAGAAGCUUUGAGAAAACAAAAUAAAGAACUAGAAGAAAUAUUUAGAGACAUCAGAUUAGACAGUUCAUUCAAGGGUGAUCAAAAGGAAGCAAUUGAAAAUUUCCAAUCUCGUCUCACUAAAGCUGAGCAUUCUUAUAAAGAAAAUCAGGAUGCACUCUUCAUAAGUCCAAAGGAAGAACCAAAUAGUCAGUAUGAAUUACUCCGAAGAAGGAUAUCAAGUAAUACCAAAGAAUUUUGGUAUUUUAUACACUCAGGAUUGUUAGAUCUACAGAAAAAAACAAGUGGUUCGCCUUCGGAUGUUACAAAUUCUAUAAACCAUCUUUUAACAUUAGGAUCAGAGCAGAAGAGGUCUCUACUUCAUGAUAUUGACAAAAUACAAGAAGUUGAUGGAUACGCAGCUUGGAGAGAGAGAGAAUCUAAAAAUUUGAGUGAUUUGGUACAAACACGGUUCGAAUAUUUGCAGAAUCCAUCAGACUGUGCUAAUGCAAAGAAGUUAGUUUGCAGUUUGAAUAAGGGAUGUGGUUAUGGUUGUCAAUUACACCAUGUAGUUUACUGUUUCAUGGUAGCCUAUGGUACCAAAAGAACACUUAUUUUGAAGUCGAAAGGAUGGAGAUACCACAAACCAGGUUGGGAAGAUAUAUUUCAGCCUAUUUCUAAAAACUGUUUGGAUCCCAGUGGAGAGUCCACAAGCAACUGGCCAGGCAAUGCACAAACACAAGUCGUGAACUUGCCAAUAAUUGAUUCGUUAACACCAAGACCACCAUUUUUACCUCUCACAAUACCAGAAGAUUUGUCUCCACGUUUGGUAAGACUGCAUGGAGAUCCAAUUGUAUGGUGGGUGGGGCAAAUUCUUAAGUACCUAUUGAAGCCACAAAAAAAAACCGCUUCCAUCAUACAGGAAGCCAUGAACAACAUAGGAUUUAAACAUCCAAUAGUUGGGGUUCAUGUAAGAAGAACUGAUAAAGUUGGAACUGAAGCUGCUCUUCAUAGAGUCGAUGAAUACAUGGUGUGGGUUGAUGAAUAUUAUAAUCAAUUGGAGCUCAAACAGAGAGUUGAUAAACGAAGAGUGUACCUAGCAUCAGAUGAGCCAAAAGUAAUAAAAGAAGCACAAAACAAGUAUCCCAGCUAUGAAAUUAUCGGGGAUUCUACCAUUGCCAAAACUGCUGCUUUAUCAACUCGAUAUUCAGAUUCAUCUUUGAUUGGUAUCAUUCUAGACAUUCACAUGUUGUCCAUGAGUGAUUAUCUUGUUUGUACAUUUUCUUCCCAAGUGUGCAGAGUAGCUUACGAAAUAAUGCAAACGUACUACCCCGAUGCCUACGAUAGAUUCAAGUCGUUGGACGAUAUCUAUUAUUAUGGUGGUCAAAAUGCUCAUAAUGUAAUAGCAGUUCUUCCGCAUAGGCCCCUCAAGAACGGAGAGAUGGCUAUGUCGGAAGGUGAUAUUAUAGGUGUGGCCGGAAAUCAUUGGAAUGGUUUUAGCAAAGGCCAUAAUCUAAGAACCAAUCAAGUAGCUCUCUAUCCCAGUUUUAAGGUAAAGAAUAAGGUCGAAACAGCCAAAUUCCCAACAUAUUCAGAGAUAACUCACAACUAGAAUAAUGGAUAGAUUUAUUGGCCUAGUUCCUUGAAAAUGAAUAUGAAAAUUCUAAAAGCUUGCAUUUAUUUUUGGAAACUCGAGUGUAGUUUUUAUUUCGAAUUAUAUUUUACUCAAACAUCGAAAAAUUAAAAUGAAAUACUUUUCGAGAAAGUCCAUUGCUUGAUACAACAUGUAUAUCAUUGGGUAAGAGUAUGAUUGAAUAUUUUAAACAACGAAAACGUUUACAAAACAUACUAGUAGUUUACAACAAUAUAUCAAGAAAACUUAUAUUCUCUAUUUCAGGGAACUAGAAUAUAAUAAUACUAGGACAUGAACUCAUAUUUAUUUUUGCACAAACUCUAAACUAGUCAAGUUCAUUUUUGAUCUUUUCUAAUUGCAGCUCCCAUUAAUUGAAAAUGAGUGAAUUUAUUUUCAAUUUUAAUUUCAACACUUAUUCUAUAAAUAAACCAAAAUAAUGAAUUGGUUUUCCUAAAAUUAUUCCCAUAUUUUAUUAAUUCCAUUAUAAAAUAUUUUUACUCACCUUAGGUUUCAUCUUGAACUAUUCCAUAUUUUUCUUUCGAUUGAUAGCUGAUAGCCCAAAAAUAAGUGAGAAACUAAAAGUCACAUUUGUGCUAUAUAUCAAUCCCCAUAAAAAGACAUUUUACUGAAAAAAAGAUUUAAAGACCAGUGAUCAUUGAACGAAAUUGAAAUUAAUUUUUUUAUUGAUUCGUUGAUUUCAAUUAUCGUUUUUUACAUUACUGAGCCAUUAUUAUUCUUCCAUAACCAAGACGAUAUUCCUUCUAAAAAUUUCAGAGUAAUAUUUCUCUUCAUCACUCAUUGAAUCACUAAGUUUUGAUUCCACAUAAUAUUAAUAGAAGCUAGUGUCAGCUUAUAAUCUCGUGAAAAAUACUGAGGAAUGGUAUAUAUAAUAAUAAUAAUGAUUUCAAAUUGACAUUAUAUUGAGAAAAUGAUUAGAUUUUCGUUGACAUUUUUAGUUUAUUUAUAUUUAUUUAUAAAAUGAUAAAAACUUUGAAAUUUACUUUAUUCUGCGAAAUACAAAUAAAUUAAGAAAUACUGCCAAAUGAAAUUCUCAAUAAAGUAUACUCUCUUAUGAUUAUGAGACGACUAACAAUGUAGAAUUCACUUCGACAAUAAGGAUUUUCAUUCAAAUAUCAAUAUUGAGUUUCGUUAUAAGCUUGGUAACAAAAAUUAAACUUAUUUCUGACGGAAAUAAUGAGUUUCAACAUGAAUUUCAUAGAAAAUAUAAUAUUAUGUUAGAAAUAUUCUUUUAAUUAAGUAUGUAUAGUCUUAAAAUUACCACUAUCAAACUAUUAAGACUUAUUAUAGUGCUUCCACCACUAAAAUUGCAAAUUGAAUUCUUAUUUCUAAUAUUUGCAUUUAUUUCAAUGUUUUAAAAUUUUUUAUAAUUAUUCCCGAUUUCAUUCCAUUUUUUUGUUUUUUAUUUUCCUUAUGAAAUUUUAUGUUUUAUGAAUAUUGGAAAAAUAUUCUGUUUUCUACAUGCUUAUCUGAAAUACACCGCUACAACUAAACAAAAUAACUAAAAAUGAGAUUUUCUUCAAAUCUCAGGAUAAACUUGCUCAAAUUUCAAUUUUUUUUAUUUGAGAAUAAAAUCAAUUUGAAGGAAAGUGUGCAAUACAAUAAUUCAUCAAGAGCUUCUGUAAUUAAUCUCAUAUUCCAGAUCUGUAUGCACCAAUAUUGAAUGAAUAAACUUCAUGUUUAGAGACAAUGUAAAGUAAAAAAAUAUCUGUAUGGCUGUUACUCUUUGUCAAGGAUUGUAUAUUCUUGCUAGUGUAUGUUUUUAGAGAUAUAAGGUGUUUGAAUAUUAAAUUAAUGACCCCACUUGUACCUAUACUAUUAGACAUUAGAAAUAUUGUUUAUUGAUGAGAAUGUUGUGUAUUUAUGUAAUUUUAUUUGAGAGAAAUAUAUUUCUAUGAAGUCUG